AUGUCUCUCGACGACGUGGUUCACGAGAAGUUCACUUUCGUCUUCGUCCCCGCGGACAUCAAUGACCCCGUUGAGGAGCGCGAGUUCGAGGGCGAGGAGAAGCGUUUCCGCUCAACCCUCAAUUCGCACUUUAAUCGGGAAAACCUGCUCAAGACUGAGGCAGAUCGGUUCAAAGACGACCUCAGCAAGAAGGCUGACGGCAAGCUCUCGGACGAACAACUCUCGACUCUCAUCGGCGCUCAGCACACCUACCAGAUCAUUCCCUUAAGCCUGCCGACGAAGGCGAACGGCUUCCGAGGCACCAACGCGUACAUUGACAGCAUCGGCCGCGUGAAGAACCUCGCCGUCAACGCCCGCGCCUCCCGGAUUUGCUCCACAGACAUACGCGGCGACUGUUUUCUCUCGACGACGUUCGACGAUGAAGAAACGUUCAAACGCGUGAACUUCACAAAGAGCGACUUCGAGGGCCUGAUGGCGAAGCCUCCAGAUGCGACAGGCCGCUGGAGUGAAACUGCCGCGCUCUCGCAGCUCCUCAGCCAGCAGCACGCAGCGUCGCGUCCUGCGUUGGGCGCACCAUCAAGCGAAAAGAAACCCAAGGCGUGCGCGAACUGCGGAAAGCAAGAAUCUGCGGCGACUCCGGAGAACGCAAAUCCGCUGAAACUGAAGCGCUGUGGAGCCUGCGGGGAGGCGUUCUACUGCAGUGCAGGGUGUCAACGAGCAGACUGGCGGCUCCACAGGCGCGUUUGCAAGAAGUGA